AUGUACAAUCAGCAGCACAUGGCUGUUAUCAGUAGUAGGGUACUACUUAAGGAACAUGAGGGGAAUUUGCAGCAGACGUGCUCAACCAUGUACAAGCUCGCCAUCUUUGCCGCACUUGCCCUCUCUGUCUCUGCUGUCGCCAUCAUCAAUGAUGCGACUAUGCCAUCCACCACUUGCACUCACUGCAUUUGCCUUCACGAAUCCGGAUGCAAAGCCAUCGGUUGCAAUAUGGACGUAGGAUCCCUCUCCUGUGGAUACUACCAAAUCAAGCUCCCAUACUACCAAGACUGUGGACAAAUCGGAAGACAGAAAGGAGAAGACAUCAACACCGCCUGGAAGAGAUGCGCUAAUGAUCUUACCUGCUCCACUAACUGCGUCAAAGCCUACUACGACCGUUACGCUGGUCAAUGUACCGGAACUGGACAAAGCCCUUGCGAAGUCAUGUCCCGUAACCACAAUGGAGGACCACGUGGAUGCCACAGUUCCUCCACCGCUGGAUACUGGAAGGCUAUCAGCGAUUGCUGCAAGGGACAAUGCUAA